AUGAUAGGGGAUAGGAGUUGUAGAUACUUAGUUGAUUCUGGGUCAGUGGUCACAAUCGUUACGGAUGAUUUUUACUUCUCACUUCCGGAAAGCCAAAGGCCAGAACUAAAGAGUAGCAACAUCCUACUGUAUUCUGCGUCUGGUGAUACUCUGAAGGUGGCGGGGAAGGCUAGGUUUAGUUUUAAGGUGGGCAAAGUGGUAUAUAAGCAUGAGGCUAUAGUGGCGCACCUAGACCAGUUGUCGGGGAUUAUAGGGGUAGAUUUCCUCUCUGAGCAUGGUGGAGUUUUGGACUUCGUGGAUAAUGCUCUAAAGUUAGAAGGACAACGGGUAAACCUGGCGGUGGAUGGGUACAAUGAAUGUGCCCACGUGAGACUUAGCGAGGCAGUCUCUAUUCCAGCUAGUUCAGAGGUUCACAUUCGUGGAUAUUUAGAUAGGCCUGUGGCCACCCCCGAGGGAUUGGUGGAACCCAGUAAGUUUCUAGCGAAUCAAGGAUUGAGUAUGGCAAGGACAUUGGUUGCAACAGAAGGCAAAGAGACAUGUUUCUCUGUCCUUAAUCUUGGUAGGCAGGACAUUAGGUUACACCAGAAUACUGUUAUUGGGGAAUUCCAAGGAGUUGUCAAGGUAUGUGAGGUGAGCGAUAGUUGUAGUGAGCACUCAGAGUUACCUCCUCAUUUGGUUCCAUUAAUUGAUAAGCUUUCCCCAGAGUUGUCAGGAGUUGAGAAACAAGAUGUCACCGAGUUAGUUAUUGAGUUUCAGGAUAUCUUUUUAAGUCCACAUGGAGGGUUUGGACAGACAGAUUUGAUAGAACAUACCAUAGACACAUGUGAUCAGGCGCCAAUAAAAUUCCUGCCAGGCGUGUUUCGCCAGCACAGAAGGAAAUCGUGGAGUCUGAACUAG